ACUCCAUAUUGGUCAGAAAAGCAACCAAAACUUUAUUUAUGAUAUUAUGUGGACAGUGCAAAGCCUAUGACGAAUGCCUAACUGAGUUCGCUUCCUCAAAUCACGGGAAAGAAGUAUAAGGACUCUAAGAGAUAGGAUUCAGAAUUUGGUGAAGAAAUAUCUAUUAAAAUCAGAAUCCUUGAAAGGAAAGUAAGUUCAUGAAUGAGAAUGCUGUUCGUUAAAUGUGGAUUCAAGUAUUGUCUGUUGGAAUCGACAUUCAUUAUCUCUGAAUAGAAAAUGUGUGUCGAUAGAUAUUUUCUUUGUGAAGAUACUUUACUAAUAUUUAUAUUAAAUUUCGAAUCCUUGAAAUAAAGCAUGCUCCUUCAUUACGUAUAUUCAAAUUGCAGGUCAGGAAUAAAAAUUCCUGUGUCUGAACUUGAUGAUUUACUUCAACAAAUUGAGUGCAUGAAAAAAAAUUUGCACAACCACUUCAACUACUGCGAACACAACUACUGUUGAUGACAAAAUGUGCUAUCAAGAGGGUUUGGUGGCCAGAGAGAAGGCAUGUGCAAAUUUAUUGCAGGACUGUGAAAAUGGUAAUAUAUUUCAAACCAUAAUACAUAUUUGUAAAAUGAGGUCCACUGUUGAUUAUGAAUUUUCUCUUUUGAGAAUUUGCAAUGUGCAGUGAAUCUCUCAUUAUAACAAUAAUCAAGAGAAUAAAUAUAGUUGUGAACAGCUAUAUAGAAAUUGAUCCUGACUUAGGGGCAGACAUCAGUAUAAGAGAGAUUGAGGGGGAAAAUAUUUCAUCCCCGAUUGUAAAAGAGCCCACCGAAAAAAGUAGUAGAAUAAGACCUUUGGCUCAAAGUAAUAUAAUGGCACCAAAGCGGACAAGAAAUAACCCUAAUUUAAAACAAACUACGGUCAGGUAUUUGGAAAAAAAUGAGAACCAACAUGCAUUAAGGUUGAGAGAAUUGAAUCUGGAAGAGAGGAAGCAAUAAUUUGAAGAGAAGAAGUUUGAAAUGGCUAAAGAGGAACGUCAGAAGAGAUUGGAAAUGGAAGAAAGAAGAUUGACGAUGGAGGAGACCAGAUUGAAAAUAGAGAUGGUUCUGUUCGCUAAUCAACAGGAUCUUAUAAGAAUGUUGUGUAGCAAGUAAU